CGCGGUGGGACGAGCAGCGGGCGGGCAUGGGGACGGCGCUGGUGGCGCGGCUGGGCUUGGGGCUCCUGCUCCUGGCCCUCCUCCUACCCACGCAGAUCUACUGCAAUCUCAAUGGAACAAGUCCAACACCUUCAAACAAUUCUUCAGCAAGUUCCAUCUCUCUGUCAACUGUCACAAAUUCAGUGAACAGUACCAGUCUUCAUGGACAUGGAAACUCCCUUCACUCAACCACAAGUUUUCUUUUCAUUCUCUCUGUUCCUUUUCUGUAUUUUUGCUGUUAAGAGACUCUGGCAUGGAAAUGGCUACCACUCCUCACCCAGUUUCCUGAACCAUCUGAGAUGGCUAGAUCUCCAACCCAGCAUGAAAAUAAAUCAGUCCAAACUCUACAUCAAACCAGCUUGGUUCCACACCAUACUCAAAUUAGUACCAGUCUGACCUAGAGAAGCACUCAGUAUUCUGACUUUCCAAAGCUGACCAGUGUGAAAAGACCGACUUCAACAAGGAGGUAAAAUGAUGAGCUCCUUCACCAAAUGAGUUGGAAUUUGAAAAACAAGAUGGAAGCAAAAUGAGACAGUAUUGACAACCCCUGAUUUAAAGCUGAGAAGAAAUGAAGUGUCUUACAAUAAGGAUGGAUGAUUAACACUCCACCCAGAAAAAAGGCUAGAGGUUUUUUUCUGGUUUUGUUUUUUUUUUGUUUGUUUGUUGUUGGUUUUUUUUUUUUACCAUUUAGAAUCUGGACUUGAAGAGAUUUUAUUUUCCAUUUAAAUUCAUUAAAGUGAACAGGCUGAUAGAACCUGUGUUUUCUAUAGGAAAACACAGAGAAAAGCUUGAGUGGUUCUGUUUCUCACACAGUCUGUAUGGUUAUAACCUAUGGGUAGUAGCAUGUAUACAAAAGAAGCAACAUAUCAGUGAAAAGUGUUUCUUCUAGAUUUCAUUUGUAUGGAGUUGUUACAAGGCUAAAAUAGAAUACCAAGUUUUUGUAAGAUUCCUCUUAUUUAACUUCUGAGACCUAACUGAAUGGCUAGCCAGACAGGGCUAGUUUUGAAAUUGGCUAAAAAACACCACUUUUUGUAGGAGCUGAAUUAUUUAUGGUGGGAAUUUGACAUUUUAUUUGAAUUGGUUGUAUCUUAAACCACAUGUGCCAGAGGAUGGAGAUGUGGAAAUACUGGGAAAAGUACCAGGAGCUUCUUGUAAAUGAAGUUCAGACAAAAAAAAAAUUAAAAAAAUCAAGGGAUAAACAUCUCCUCUUUCCCCUAUGUCUCCUCCCGAGUUCUACAAGUUGUGUAAGUUCUUUUUGCUCCUGGAACUUUCCUUAAUGAUGAAGGAUUUAUGGAAUCUUUAGAGUAAUGUUAUAGUGCUGCUUUUUUUUUUUUGCUUUUUUUUUUUUUUCCUGGCAAAAGGGGAACGACUUCGGUUUUUUUGAAGAGUUUUAAUUGUGAUCAUUUACUUUAAACAUGAGCUUAUUAUUUGCAGUGGGGAGAAGGAAUGGGGAGAGGGGAGCAAAACGCCAAAAAAAGAGAAAUUAAAUAAUCAGGUGUUUGGAAUAUGAAGACUGGAGUCUUAAUUUAAUUGCUGAAUUUAAAAGUUACCUUUGUAAAUACUACUUUUUUUAAAAAAAAAUCUGAAUCAAAAUUGCUACACUUGCACAGAUUGUUUCUGUAUCCUCCAACACUUUAUAUAAUAGUCUCUGGUACUUGAUCAAAGCAAGCUUUGUUGAGGAGGUUCAACUACCUUGAUGAUAAUAACUUGUCAGAAAAAAAUAAAUAUGUUGAUAUGAUCACAUGUGAGUAUACAUGAUCGUAUCACUGUGUAUAGAUAUUUAUCUCAGUGUAAGAUCAUGUCAAACAUGAGUGGCUCUCUUCAGUUUUUUAAAAUCCACAUCUGUCUUUGAGUUACAUUACCCCCAAUCCAGUCUCAUAUAUUAAUAGCAGACUAACACAAAUUCAUGUCAGAGAGUGUACAUGAACAUUUCCUUAUGCUUAUCAUUUGUAUCCAGUAAAAAAGUUAAUGAUUGUAUUUUUUUUGUGUUUGUGUAAUUAUGCUUUGAUUUAUUAGCUACUGAUUUUCACUGGAAAAAAAAACAACAACCCUGUAAAUAAGAGUGGACAGGCAACGCAUUCUAGGUGCGUUUCCAGACACUUCUACAAAAAAACCUUGUAACUUGCCUGCAUAAAGUGAAUGAACUGUUAAGCAAGACAGUAUAUGUGAUUAAAAACCUCAAGGUCUAGAAAUGCUGAAGUGUAAUUAGUUUUAUUUCUCUAAGUUUUAGUGACACUGGGAGUCUGGAUUCCACUCUAGAGAUUUGAUAGUGUCUAGUAACUGUAGUAAGUUUUCCAUAGUUACUACAGCCCUUUCCCUUUCAAAGCAGUAUUAUGCUUUCAUUUUAGACCAGCAGGGCUUGAAGAGUUUUCCUUUGUUUCUUACUGUAGCAAUGAGUUAUUUUCCUUACCACGGCUAAAGCUGUUCUUCAGCUUCUGGUUAUCAAGUAUGUGAAUGAACUGCUUGAGAUCUCAGACUCCCACAGACUCCAUUCAAAUAAUAAGAAUAUCCUGAUGAUUCAAGUUUCACCAUGCUUGAUGAAGGGCAGAGGCUGGAAAGAGGUAGGAAUCUGUGCAAUAUUUUGCUGAAAAGAACAAGAGCAACAAAAAAUUAACCAGGUGAACAUUCAAACCCAAACAGUUAACAGUUCAUGGCAUUCCCGAGUUGUCUCUGUUGUUUUCCAGGUGUGCUCCUUUCUAACAACGCUUAAAUGCCCAACGAUACUCCGAGUGAUUACCUUUGCUCCCUAGAUGUGGAGAAAUGCUUUUAAAAACGCCCAACUACUUAGGCGUGCUGCACGACAAGGCUGCAUUUUUCAGUGGGAAAGGGGCCCCCGGUGUGGCCUCCCGAGGCUGGGGAGGGAAUGUGGCGGCAGCCCUUUGAUUGUGCUCCUUUACUUUUCCAGUAGGCUGAACAAACCCGAGUUUAUCAAAGCUCACCAUUUGAAUGUAUCUCUGCAUCUGCAGGGAGUACCAGAGCACAUUGUUCCCUUGUUUAGCCUCUCUCUGGGUGCUCCAGAAGAAAGCAUGAAGAUAAAACACUACACACACCAUUACCUGGCUGUAUAGCUUUUUUUUUUUAAAAAAAAAAGCCUAACAGUGAAAAGAGACUCUCCAAAGAGAGAAGCCAAGAAAGUCUGCAACAAUGGGCCUUAAUUCUAUGAUGUACCAGUAAAAUAAAUGAAGUAAAGGAAUAUGUUUGGAGUUAAGUCUUUGCUAAAUAUUCAAGUGAAUUGGGAUGGUUGGUUUAACUAGUGGCAUGCCUUUUUUUUUAAGGGGGCCAGUUUUCUUUUUAGUAGCAUCUAAGCAUAUUUAAACUCUCUUGAGUUUUCAUCAGACCAGAUGAGUGAUUUAGAAAAAUGAUCUGGUAACCUUUGUUCUGUUCUGUUCCAUCACAGAACAAUGGAAUCAGUGAUGAAGAAAUCCACCCAGGGAAAGAGGACGUGAUGGAUUUUUUUUUUUUUCCACAAAAUGGGAAGGUGGGGAGGGAAAGGAGAAGAAUGGAACCUACAUACUUUAUUUUUUUCUUUAAAUGACACCUAUAAUAACUGGAACCAGUUCUUACCUGUGCCUCUCACUUUCCUGAGUCUGUCCAGCUGGAGUGUGUCUGGAUAAUGUAUAUUGCAAUGACUCUGAAACAAUUCUGCUUCUGUUUGAUGCAUGGCACUGCUUUCAUUGUAAACACAUGCUAGCCACAGCUGUCCUGAAUAAAGUAUAGUGUUAUUAUUUGAA